AUGUCACUAUUCUAUCAUUGCUUCAAACUCUACGAUAGAGUCAACACUCCAUUUAUAAAAAUGUUUUUCUUCGCUACCUUCGCCCUUCUUGUUGCGUUGUCAAACGCUGUACAAGUAGUGCCCAAAGGAGCUGUGGGUGACGAUGUGUGCAAGGAGUACAACACGUACUACAAGAUACAGGGCAGCUGUGACUCCUACGUAGAGUGUAACGCGUACAAGGCGACAUACAAGACGUGUCCCGAUGGGCUGUACUUCGUCCGCGACGUGCAGUGGCCCACCUACCCGUGCGCAUAUCCUUCGGACGCCCAGUGCGAGUACAACGACCAGCCUCAGCAAGCCGUGUCGUCAGCGGAGUGCAAGACCCAAUACGGGUUCUUCGCGUCGCCGCUAGCGACCCGCUCCGACUGCGGCAAGUACCGUAUGUGCGUGGAGGGCAAGGCCUUCGAGAUGGAGUGCGCAAUGGGCCUGGCCUUCAACCCCGAGACCGGUCGCUGCGACUGGCCCGACCUAGUGCCGAGCUGCAGCGCUGAAGAGUUCCUCGGCUUCAAAUGCCCGCCAGGUACCUACGACGAGUUCGGCAAGGCAUACGUGGUGAACUUUAGCAUCCAGGGCAGCUGCCACUACUUCUUCUCGUGCAUGGAGGGCGUCGCGCGUCUUCUGGUGUGCGACCGCGGUUUCGCCUUCGACGCUUCCGUCAACCGCUGCGUCGACGCCACGAAGGUGCAGUGCCAGGAGGGAUGA